AUGUGUUAUUUCAUAUCAAAAAAUGGAUGGCCAGAAAGAAGCAAUACAAGGCCAGCAGCACAACCUUACUGGCAUUGCAAAGAAGAGCUUUAUACAACAAAGGAUGGAAUAAUUUGUCGAGAACAACGACUAGUUGUGCCAGCAUCUCUUAGAAAAGAUAUUAUGAAAAAACUGCAUGUGUCUCACAGAGGUAUAGUUUCUAGUAAAGUUAAAGAUAGAGAAUAUUUUUACUGGACGAACAUCAACAAAGAUGUGGAAGAAUAUGUUUCUAAAUGUGCGAUAUGUCAGAAAUAUCAACAGGCUAAUCAGAAAGAAGUUCUUUUAGACUGUGAUCUACCACAGAGACCCUGGCAAAAAGUUGCCUGUGAUUUCUUUUACCUGAAAGGACAACAAUAUCUGUUAAUGAUAGACUAUUUUUCAAAAUAUGUAGAGCUGAAACCACUGAAAAGUAUAACUGCUGAAGCUCUAAUGACCGUUAUGAAGUCCAUUUUUGCAAUACAUGGAAUACCAGAGAAGCUCAUCACUGAUGGAGGACCACCAUACAACUCGGAAGCAUUGCGGAAAUUUCUUGAAGAAUGGGGUGUUAUGCAUGACAUCACAUCACCACAUUUCCCUAGAGCAAAUGGGCAGAUUGAAAGAUCUGUCCAAACUCUCAAGAAGUCUCUGAGCAAAGCUGCGGAAGAAGGAAAAGACUUGUAUAUUGUUUUACUAGAUUAUAGAAUUCAACCUGCAAAAGAUUUGCCAUCCCCGUCUGAAUUAUUAAUGGGAAGAAGACUGAGAUCUUUUCUGCCAUCACAUCCUAAAGCAUUGCAACCAAAAUUUCAAAUAAAAGGUGCAAUAGAGGAUUAA